AUGCCGUCGCGGCCCAAGCCACCCCCGGAAGACGAAAUCGACGAGAUGUUUGUCAAAGGGACCGGGCCCGGUGGUCAAAAGAUUCUCCGGCACAAGCCGACGGGCAUUGUGGUCAAGUCGCAGGCAACGCGGUCGCGCACGGAGAACCGGGCGAUUGCGCGGUCAUUGCUCGCCGCGCGGCUGGACGAGCUGGCCAACGGCGCAGAGAGCCGGACAGCAGUCGUGGCGGCCGCGAAGCAGAAGAAGAAGGCCAACGCGACAAAAAAGGCGCGACGCAAGUAUCGGAAGCUAGAGGAGGAGGCGGCGAAGGCUGGCGCGGUGGAGGGCGAAGAAGGUGCAGAAGACGAGAGAGCAGCAGUAGAAGAAGGGGAAGAGACGAAUGAAACACCGGCAAAGCCAGAGGCAGAGAAAAAGUCUAUGAACGGCUCUGCUCGAGAUUCGAGCGAUGUGGCUACGGAUGACGCAAGAAAUGUUGAGGGCGAUCGCUUACCUAGGUCAAAGGAGAACGCAGGUUCAGACCAGUGA